ACAUGGACGACCCGCGGGAUGUUCAAAUUUCCAAGCGAAACGGGAGCUCUAGGUCGCUCUUAUCGGCCGGUUCUGCGGUGGCAAUGGAGAUUAAACGAAAGAAAAUACGACAAAGUUCCUUAUUCCUUCAAACAGAGACCAAAAGCAUGAAACGAUGUCCCAGUCUUCUUAAUGACACACAGCAGAUAGUAGAGGAUAUGAAUUUGUUGUACAUACGACAGAUUUCUAAGAAGCUACAGAACACUGAUAUACAAGACAAGCUUGACUUUGAGAUGCGAAUGCGCGAUGGUGCCUACAAGCUGCUCCUGGCCUGCAGCAAGAGGGAACAGAUUCUCAAUGCCUCCAAGAACCUGCUGACCUGCAACGCCAGGAUCAAGGCUUAUCUCACACAGCUGCAGAAGAAGAAAGAGGAGCAGGACAUGAUGGGAGCAGAUGGGAGACUCUCAGGUGCAUUCUCUGAUGAACGUGUGCCCUGUAGUGGGACACUUGCCUUGUCUGGGCUGCGUAUUCCAUUGAUGUGGAGGGAUUCAGACCACUUUAACAACAGAGGGAGCUCUCGUCGAGUGGCGUUGUUCUGCCUGAUGCAGAUUGGCUCAGAGGUGUUUGAUACAGAGAUGGUGGUGGUGGACAGAUCAGUCACUGAUGUCUGCUUUGAGGGAGUCACUAUCUUUAAAGAUGUAGGUCCUCUGUUCGAGCUGAAGGUGGAGCUGUGGAGCUGUGCUGUGGAGGAAGAGCUCACUCUUGUUAACACGCCAAAGAAGCUGGCCAAGAAGCUCCGCAAUUCCUUUGGAAAGUCAACUGGGAAGAAACUCUGCCAUCUGCUGGACAGUCAGGACCCUGACACCUUCCUGCAGAACAACCCCAUACCAGUUGGAGCCAGGUACAGCCUGCUGGCCUACACCACACUGUGUUUGCCUGAGGCUGAAGGCAGCUUUCAGUCACACUCCCUCAUUGUCCUCCAAAACGCCGAGUGGUCAUCCUGGCUUCCACUUUAUGGAAACCUCUGCUGCCGGUUGGUGGCCCAGCCUGCCUGCAUGACACAGAGCAUGAUGACUGGCUACCUGAACCAGAAGCAAAGUGUGGAGGGGAUGUACCGCUGCUGCAGUCUUUACUGUGUGCUGAGUGCUGGCUUUUUGUCCUGUUACUUCACCCCAGAAGAAAUUGAGGCUAAGAUGCAGCCUUCUCUUAAUGUGCCCAUCAACAAGAGCACUCAGAUCUGUGUUAUGGAGAAGGAGUCAGCAGGGCAGAGAUCCAGGAGUCUGUCCAUCAUGAACCCUUCACCAGAGGGAUCUCAGACUGUCAUCUUCAGCACAGAAACCAGAGAGGAGCUGGACACCUGGAUGGAUGCACUCAAUCAGCACCUCUACGACCAGAGCCAGUGGCUGCACUGCUGCAAUCAACUAAUGAAGAUUGAGGUUGCAUCACCACGGAAACCAUCACUUUUCCUCACCAAGCAGGCUGACUUGGUUUACAAUGACCUCAGCAUCAAUUCACCUGGAAAGUUUGAGAGCAUCACAGACAUGAUUCACAACAAGAUUGAAGAAACAGAUGGCCACUUUCUCAUCGGUCCUGAGAAGGAGAAGGAAGCGCCUAACUGGUCAACUCUGUUUGAUGGCUCUCAUUCGAUGGUGGUGCAGAAGAGUAUUCUGUCUAAGAGUAAAACCUCCACUCCAUGCUCAAGCCCAAACAUGAGCACCACAUCUACACCGUCCAGCAACAAGAAGCGCCGUGCACCACCUCCUCCCUCCGACAGAAAGCCUUAUGCUCCUCCCAGCCAUCCUGUCAGACCUCCCCUGCCUGCCUCUCUUCAUCCUCCUCCUGCUCCUCCGUACCAGGAGAAGGAAAACUCAGGCAUUUGUUCUGCACGCCCAGCCACACGGUCCAAAACUGGCAGACCAUCUCUGGAUGCCAAAUUCUCCGCCAUUAUCCAGCAGCUCCAGCGUAACAAUGCUGGAGGUGGCGGAGCCAUCAGCCGCAAAAACGCCCCUCUGGGCGUCCUUGAUGUGCAACCACAGAGCCAGCCUCUCCAGCAGCUCGAGUACCAGACCGCUGAAGCCACAGGGGACCAUGGCUUUUUCAGACCCAGUCAUGGUCCUGGUCCUGUUCCUGCACCAAGGAGCAAACUGAGAAAGUCUUUCAGGGAAAGGAUGAACCUCAAAGCCUUCGACCAUAUCUAGAUUUAUCUGACUAACCCUACCUAACCUCUAAUACAUGUAAUUCUAAAAGCUUUGUAACCAUAGAAUUAAAUAUCCCAUGACAUUUGACUUUACCUCAGUAACAAUAAUGUGAUAUUUUUGGCAUGACUAUGGCUGUGAACUUAAAACAUUUCAAGAAAUAGUUUGACAUAAAGGGAAUGUGCUUAUAUGCAAACCACAUGCCAUUGACCCAAGGCCCAUAACCCUGGCUAGUUCUCAUGUAAAGUCCACACUAAACCCCAACAUUGAAACUAGUUAGUUUGAUACUCAAGUUAUGUCAUUGCGUGCUUGCACCUCAAAAGCAUAAACUCCAUCAUAACUGGCGUAAUGUCCAAACUACCCAAAAUAUUGUUGAAAUUACAUUUUAACUUCAUGUGGAAAAUCAGGACACUUGUUUUAAUGCAGUGUUUGUUACAGUGUUGCCUCUCCUGCCCUAAUUAUCUUUAAAUAGUCUAAUGGCUGGUAAUGACAUUUUUUAACUGUCGUUAACCCACAAACAGCGACAAAAAUCUAGGUCCUCCAUGUAAAAUGGGACAAAGCAUUAUGAUUACGUGAAAACACCCUUCAUUUAAGUGUCAAAUAGCAACAGUUACAUCUAGGGGAAAGGUGGAGUCUUUAACCAAAACACAAGGUUAUUUAACAAUAUUACAAAGAACUAAAUUAUAAUCCAAACAGUACUGCAUUUUACUGGUUUAAUACAUAAGAAAGGAUUUCAUCAUAAAUUAGGAGUUUAAGAGAUGAUCAAAGGCAACUUUUGUUAUCUUCCAUACAGUCAGGCUAACUGCUUCCCACAGGCACUCAGUCUUUAUACAAAGCUUAAGUUAUCAUCUCAAGGCGCUGACUUUAUUUUUGACUAAUAGAUUAGAGUGGAAUCAAUCUUCCCAAUUCACUUUCCUCAAAUGUCAAACCUUAUCUAUGACCUAAAGUUUGGGUGGGUGAUGUUGUCUAUGAAAGAAAGACCCUCACAUUGUCCAUCAUGACAAACCCAAAUCCCAGCUGACACCUCAUGCCACAGUAUCAAAAUUGUAUUGACACCCCUCCAGCUCCAUUACUCAUUUCUAAACUUUCUCAUGUGCAGCUAACCCUUGGAUGAAAUACAGAGCUGAAUGUUGGCUCAAGCCUUGCUGUCAUCAAUCCCACUAAAAUGGAAAAGGCUUAUUUCUCAGCUCUGUCACUGGAACAUGGAGCAAAGAAAGAGCCCUUGCAAAGGCACUCAAAUUGGAAUUGAUCCAUUGGCCAAGUGUGGACGAGUCAUUCCUUUUGGAACUAUUGACUUAUUCCACUCACUGUGACAAUUUUAUGACCACUAUAGCUGAUUUUAAGGGAACAAGAUUUUAGGAGCAAUUGCAGGCACUAAUGUGACUUCUCCAUUUCCCAGAGGUCUUUAUAAUGGAGUGACCUUGGUAUUCAGAGGCUGCACAGUGUGUCCAACAUAAUUUAACACUGCAGCCCUUAAAUGCUCAGAGCAUAAUUGAAUGAAUGAGUCUUUUGAGUGGCUGAAAUAAUGAAUGGCCUUGUGUUUGUGUUUAAAACAUAUCCAAUACUGAAAACCACUAAAUGUUUUAACCACUUAACAAUCACAUGCUGAAGAAUGGUCUUCGUAAUAACACAGAAUGUGAACAACAUUAGAUACUUUCUCUGAAACUGCCUGGCAAGAUGAAGCAGUAUGGUGAAAGCUACAAUCCCAUUUUAU